AUGUCAACAUCAGUCUCCAACGCUAUUGCACUUGAUACCAAGCCAGAUGAAAAGACUGCUGGCUCAUCAGCAAUCGAAUCAUACGAUCCGACAUUAUCAAAUCCACAUUCAGAAGGUAGUUGGUUCCAAAGGGCCAAGGCGGAAAUUUUGUUUCUUUGCACAACAAAAGAAGGAUUGAUUGGGGGAUAUGAUUACGUAUGGCUUCUCACGCCAGACAUACCGCCGUUUAACUGGAAGUACAAGGAUCGAGUACAGCCAUUUUAUGGAAUUAAUGAUCGGAUACCGCUGCUAUUAACAAUUCUCCUUGGAAUGCAGCACUCUCUGGCAAUGAUGGGUGGCAUCGUUACACCACCAAUCAUUCUUGUUGGCGCAUCAGGGGUAAACCUGGACACAGGAACGGUGGGGUACCUGGUGUCCACCGCCUUAAUCCUUUCGGGAAUUUUCUCAGCAUUCCAAAUAUUUCGGUUUAAAAUCUUCAAUACUGGUUUUUGGCUAGGCACAGGCAUGAUGUGUGUCGUUGGUGAAGCCUUCUCUGUUGUACCAAUUGCGCAAGCAUACUUUGCGCAACAGUAUGCAUCAGGAUAUUGUGAUAUAGGACAAGAUGGACGAAGAUUACCGUGCCCCGACGCUUAUGGGAGGCUUAUCGGCACGAUAUCAGUCGUCAUGUGUUUCCAAAUCGCAAUUAGCUUGGUAAAACCAAGGGUUCUAAUGAAGAUGUGCCCAAAUCUUGUUGUAGGGAUGGUGAUGAUAUGCAUUGGCUCUGGUCUAGUGGCCAGUGGUACUAAAAGCUGGGCAGGUGGGAGCGGGCCGUGUAUGAACAGGCCUGAAAGUGGAUUUUUCGAACUUUGUCCAAACAUUGCUGCACCCCAACCUCGGCUUUGGGGAUCACCCUCGUUUAUUGGCCUUGGCUUUUCCGUCUACAUCACCAUUCUCAUUGUCGAGCUCUUCGGUGCCCCCCUCAUUCGCAAUUGCUCCGUUGCCUGCGGCCUGCUCGUGGGUGCGGUUAUUGCCGCAGCGACAGGGUUUAUAGACAGUGCUCCAAUCAAUAAAGCACCUUCAGUGACAUUCAUGUGGACGCAUACAUUCAAGCUUGGAAUUGAUGGGUCACUGGUACUCCCAUUGAUAGCCUGCUGUAUCACUACUUCCAUAAGCUGUCUUGGCGACAUUAUGGCAACAGCUGAGGUUUCUGGAAUUGAUGUCGAGACGGAGGGAAACCCCGAUUUGGAUGUGAGAAUCCAAGGCGGACUCACAGCAGAUGCGCUAUGGAGCGUCCUUGCUGGACUAGCCACUAGCACACCAACCGUUUGCUUUGCACAAAACAAUGGUGUGAUAGCACUAAGUGGCUGCGCUUCUCGUCGUGCUGGAUAUGCAGCCUGUUUCUUCCUGUUCCUCGCCGGUGUCUGCUCCAAAUUCGGCGCGGCAAUAACGGUACUCCCGGCCUCUGUCAUUGGCGGCAUGACCACUUUCCUCUUCACUUCAGUGAUAGUUUCCGGCAUCAGAAUCCUCUCCACAGUUCGCUGGACCCGUCGAAAUAGGUUCAUUGCCACUGCAGCACUGACGCUUGGCUUUUCUGAUUUGAUCGUGCCCAACUGGAUCAUCUUCCUGAUACCAGAGACCGAGAGCAAAGCAUUGCAUAGUUUUUAUGAGGGUCUUGGCUUGAUUAUAUCGACUGGAUAUGUCAUUGUUGCAUUUGUAGGGUGCUCGCUGAAUGCAAUUCUGCCGGACGAAAAGACCGGAAGUGCUGGCGCUGGGUACAAGAAAGAGCUACCGUUGACUGAAUCCCCGACUAAAGCAGAUUAA